AUGUACUUCAACACACACAAAAACUACAAGUGGCUGCAUUUCAGUGAGGACUGUCUGUACCUGAAUGUGUGCGCGCCAGUAGGAGCGCUCGGGGACCUUCUGCUGCCUGUGAUGGUCUGGUUCCCAGGACACGCCUUCCUCGUGGGCUCCGCUUCCACGUAUGAUGGCUCCAAAUUGGCGGGCCGGGAGAAAGUGGUGCUAGUGCUUCUGCGCCACAGCCGCGGUGUCCUCGGUGUCUUCCUUAGGUGGGCGGGGCGCACAGGCGAUAGCCAGGCCCGCGGGAAUUGGGCGCUGCUGGACCAGGUUGCAGCUCUGCGCUGGGUGCCGAAGAACAUCGCAGCCUUCGGCGGAGACCCAGGCUGGGUGACCUUGUUUGGCCAGUCAUCAGGGACCUUGUGCAUCUCGGGACUGAUGACAUCACCCCUAGCCUGGGGUCUCUUCCAUCAGGCCAUUUCCCAGAGUGGCACCGCAGUGCCACUUCAUCACUUCAUCACCUGGCUGAGGUCUAGCUGGGCUUGAU